GUUGAGGGCGUGUUUGCUGCUGGUGAUGUGCAGGAUAAGAGGUACAGGCAGGCCAUUACCAGUGCAGGAACUGGCUGCAUGGCUGCUCUCGAUGCUGAAAAGUUCCUGUCCGAGAUGGAGGACACGACAGCUGAGCACAAGGCCGGGAAGGAGGGGAACCUAUAG